AUUUAAUUUCAUUUAAUUUUACAUAUUUUGUAAACAUGAUUUUGAGUGUAUAAACAUAUUAUAAAAAGCUUAUUAAAAUGAAUUGUUGCAUUUCUGGAUGUAUCAACAAAUCAAGAACACCUUUAAACAAAUCAAAAGGUGUAAAAUUUUAUUAUUUUCCUAAGAAUAAUAUUUACAAGCCAUGGAUAUGCGAAAAACGGCAACAGUGGAUAAAAGCUGUAAAGAAACACACCAAAUGUCCGAAGAAUUGGCUUCCAACUGAAAGUACAAGAAUAUGCAGUGAACACUUCAUUGGCAACAAAAAAUCUGACAAUGCUAAACAUCCAUCAUAUGUUCCUACAAUUUUUCCUGGUGCAGAAAACAAUCGACACAAAAAGAUGGUUCAAAAGGAAAGAACUUAUACCCGAGAAGAACUUCUCGAAGCUGUACGACUAGUCGAGCAAAAAAAGUUGAAUAGUUAUGCUGCUGCUGAGCAAUUUAGGAUACCUCGGUUAAUAAUUGCAGAUCAUAUCUACUACAGAGAAAAACAGGAGAGUCUGAAGAGAAAAUUUACGUCGACUGAACGAGAGCCUGUACAACCUGAGUUUGACUUUGAUUUAUUUGAGUCUGAGUUUGAGCCUAAGUCUGAGCCUGAUUGUGAGUUACAGCGACAGUGUACACAAUGCCAGGAAGUUUUAUUAGGGUUCGUGUUCUUGUGCGUGGAGUGCUUGGCGCGCUCGUGCUCGGCGUGCGACGCGCGCGGGCUGCACGCGGCGCACCUCGUGCUGCGCGCGCCCGCCGCCCGCCCUGAGAGCGAGUUGGAGUUGGUGCUGAACAAAAUUCGCGACGCGCUGUGUCUGGACGUUGAGGGAACUCAAACGAACCCGGACCAACCGGUUGAAGAGUCGCCCCAGGAACCGGAAGAAGACUAUAUCAAGAUGGAGAUAGAAACAGAAGAAGAGCAGCCUAUUUGGCAUGAGAGCGUGUCGGGUGCUCCUGCUAAUACUGAUGAAGAACCUGAUGUAGAGCAUCAGUCUAUGUCCUGGGCGGGACGGGACGCGGGCGGGGACGAGUCGGACUCCUCUUGCACGCUCACGGCGAGCACCCCUUCCGAGGACAGCUCCAGCGACGACGACCAGGCCCUUCUCGUGGCGCGCCCCACCAGGCCUGCCGCGCCUCCUACCAGGCCUGCCGCGCCCCCCACCAGGCCUGCCGCGCCUCCUACCAGGCCUGCCGCGCCUCCUACCAGGCCUGCCGCGCCCCCCACCAGGCCUGCCGCGCCCCACACCAGGCCUGCCGCGCCCUCCACCAGGCCUGCCGCGCCCCCCACUAGGCCUGCCACCCCCCCCCACCAGGCCUCCCUCGCCCCCCGGCAGGCCGCGCUUCACCGACGAAAUGAACCGCUACAUCGUCCAAAUGUAUUACAAGCUGAGCCAAACAGAAAAGGACCCAAAGAAAAUAUUCGCCCAGAUGAAGCGAGCGUUCGCUGUCUCAUUUCCACGCACAAAAGUCUACAGAUCAAACUUGCAAUCACAAUUCUCAAUUAUUAA